CAUGGACUGCAGCCCAGCAUACUGGUUAACUCAGAAGAGAGUGAAGAGCUCCAAAGGACCUCACAAUCAUCUGCUCCUUUUAAAUCAGAUCACCUUGUGUGUUUACCCUGCUGUGGUACAGUUAAUGUUACAGUGGUACAGUUAACUGCAGUCCCUCAAGAUCAAUGUUACAUUGACAUAUGGAUGCUGUGUGUUAUAACUUGUGCCGAGACAAGUACUGGCUUUAGAAGUGAGGAUGGCUCAGGCUGAUGGUAAGGUCCUGGCUCUGGGGGUUUUGGCUGGGGCAGCGGGGAUCAGCCUGGCUGCCGUCUGGUACCAGAGCCGACGGGCUGUGGCCAGCAGUGCAGGGACAGGCACCUAUCGUCCAGGGCUUUACACCAGCAGCAAUGCAGGCAGUGUGGCACUGCAGGGGGGCCAGGCAGAGGUGCUGGAUCGGCUGGGAGCUCUGAUCCAGUGCGUGUCUGAGCUGAAAGAGGAGGUGAAGGCUCUAAAGGAAACUCUCCCACACCUUCAGGACCAUGUGAGGGAUGAGCUGAGGGGAAGGAUCGUGGCCUGUAAGGCCAGUCCUCUAAAUAGAACCACACCCACGAGGAGGAAGAGAGCCAGCGGAGUGACUAGAGCUGAGGGGCAGAGCUCAGAGGAGGCAGAGAGUGAAGGAGGAUAUAUGACUGCUCUGACAGACUCUGAAGAAGAGGAUCGCAAAGCUGAGGAGCCACUGGACGAGCUCACUGCCCUGUUACGGAGAGCAGAUGGACUGCAUGAGUGUAAUGGAGAUAAAAAGCAGGAAGGCCUCUCCACUCUGCUGGAGAAGAAGGAGAAGUUUGAUCAGAAAUGUCAGUAUCUAUGGAGACUGACCAGAGCUUACGCUGAUGCCCAUGAUUUGGCUGGAGACUCUCUAGAAAAGAAGAAAUAUGCUGAAAAAGGGAAACAAAUUGGAGCACAAGCCAUUUCAGUGAAUCCAAUGUGUGCCGAAAGUCAUCAGUGGUAUGCUAUUCUGUGUGGACUUCUGUCAGAACACGAAUCUGUCCAGAAUAAGAUAAAGAAUGGUUACCUUUUCAAGGAUCAUCUGGAUAAAGCCAUUGAGCUGAAGCCGCAGGAUCCACUGUCUUAUUAUCUGCUGGGCCGUUGGUGCUAUGCUGUGGCUCAGUGUACAUGGAUUGAGAGGAAGAUUGCUGCUACAUUGUUUGGAGAACCCCCAAGCUCAACCAUCCAGGAUGCACUACAGAACUUCCUCAAGGCAGAGGAGCUCUGUCCGAAGUACUCGAAGUUCAACUAUGUGUUUUUAGCCAAGUGUUACAAAGACUUGGGCCAGAAAACUCAAGCCAAGAAGAUGUGUGAAUCUGCAUCUGCUAUGGGCAUAGUAUCUAAAGAGGAUGAGGAAGCACAGAAGGAGCUGGCCUCUCUUCUCUUAUCUCUUUAGUCUCUGGAAAGAAUCCAUGGGCUCUUCAUGUGUCUGUUCUCGUUUGACAUUGUUGUCAUGACAACGUUGGACUCAAGGCAUUUUGUCACUUUUUCAAACAUUUCUGCUGACUGGAGAUUACAUUAACAUUAAGGAUGACUGCACUUUGAUGAGAAAUGUGAUGAUAGUGUGUUUAUGAAGAAUACAACAGAUAUAGUACGAACUCUGCUAGGGGAGUGUCUUUUUAACAAAAACUAUAAAAUUAGACAGUUCCUAACCAAUAUUUCAGUGCCCAUCAACUCUGCACAUUACAGUAGGCCUUGGAGAUGAUAACUAGAAACAGUCACUCUGGGUUUUUGCAGUGACUUGCACUAUGAUUUGUUCCAGAGCUGAGGCAGCUUAUGUUGUUUUUGUAUUAACUAUUUUCAUCUUUGUGCUAUAAUGGUGUAAGAUUUCAUAGUAUACACUAAUAAUGUGCUUCUGUCCCUUUCUAAUCACUCUGUUCCUGACCAGCACAUUUUAAUGGUAACAUCGCACACAGCACAAACGUCCAUCAACCUGUGGACAUUCAGCACCUCUUUCUUGUCUGUUUCUUAAUCACUUUAUCAUAUCAGGUGAAAUCCUACCUACCUGACAGUUCCCUUUUCACAGCUCUGCAGAUCUCCAUUAUCUUUAGAGGGCUGGGCAACAUAUGGUGUUUUUACUCUAACAUCUCAUCAGAGCCCAACACUAGUAUAGCAGCAUAUUGUUAGAUCUGUUUUGCAGACUUUUUCUUUUUCCUAAUGCUAUUUUUGUCCUCCCAUUUGUACUUAUAUCAGUAGCAUUGUUUUAGCAAAAAUAUGCUGGCUCAUCGUUUUUUGGAGCUUGUUUUCAUUUUUCUAGCUUCAUGGAGCUUCUGGUUCACACUAUUUAAACACAAGUAAUUCUGUGACAGACCUUUGAAAGGUCAAUGGUAACUAAGAAGGAAAAAGUCUUGAUGUCAUUGUCUUUUAACCUCUGUCACUGGAAAAAGGGCUUUUCAGUUAUGAGGCCACGUUUAUCAUAAUGAAGGAACCAGGCUUCCAACAGUGUAUGAGCUCGUAUUUAUACUCAUCAUAUUCCAUGCUAUUUUUAUCAUUAAUAUUGAAUGUUAAAUAUGGACCUGUUCAACAGAUUUAAAGGUAAAUGUGGUAUGACAGGGGUUCUCAAAUGUUUUCAGCCAAAAUUCCAUGUAAAUUCCUGAAAAAUAAGCCCUGUCUUUUCCGUACAGCAUUGAUAAACACAGGUGAGCCAGCAACCAGAAGGCCAUGGGUUCAAAUCCCAGGAAUGACUGGGUGUACCUGGUUGUACCCUUGGGCAAGGCAGUCAAUUCCCCCAACCCCCCUACCUUGGCAACACUAUGCUGCUCCCAGACUGGGCAUAGUUAGGCAGCAAAUUGUAGAAUCAAUUACAUACAUAAAACCUAAAAGUCCCAACUCUAUAUUUUGCCACAGCUUUUUGACUGUUUUGAAUUUGCAGCAUUCAUACUGAUAAGCAGUGAUCUUUCCUCUUCUAAACUUGCAUUCCAUUUUUAAAAGGUAUAGGGAAGCAGAACCAUUUGAAGAUGUUUAUCGUUUUCAGUUAUGGAAAUAUUUUUUGAUUUAUUUUUGAAACCAGUCGACCCCAAACAUUACUGUAGCCACUAUUUUGGAACUGUAGUGUUAAAAGGUGUGGUUUAAGUGAGGAAUCUUUUAUUUGUGUAAUUGUCCUAAAUCUUGAAUCUGGUGAUAAAGUUGAUCAUUUUUGUAUGUUUAGAUAUGUGUACAUUUUAGAAGGUUUUGUUUUUGUGUGUCUGUGUUUUUAGACACUACAAUUGUUCUAGGUUUACCAAAGAUAUGGAGGAGUCUUUUGACAUAUAUGUUGUAAGUCAUUUGAUCAUAUUAUUCUCCUCUUUUCAUCAAUACUUCUGUAAUAUUAUUAUCAUGUGAUGAGAUUAUACUAUUUUGAGAUUAUAGUUGGCAAAUUGGUUUUUACUUUGUCAUUUUAAGUAUAUACUUUUUUGAGCCACUAAUAAGAAUGUAUUUAGCUUUCUAAUCUAGAGGGUUGUUGAUGUAUUCUGCAAAACUGCAGCAAUCUGUUUACUGUAUAUUCCUGUACAUAGAAAAUCUACGCAUGUAACAAUCUAUAAUCUAUAUAAGGUUAUUGAUUUACUCUAAGUGCUGUUAGUUGCGCGGUACCAUUAGAAUAGCCGAAGAGGGCAUAUGUACUGUGUGACUGUGGCUAAAUUGGUAUAGUUUCUGUGAUUUAGUCUCAUUCUAACUGACAAAAUUGUGACUGAAAAUUUGUAUGUCUUGCUGAAAACAACUGGACUUUAAAUCAAAUAAAGAAGACCUGAUUUAAUUUUGGUUGCUCUAGCCAUUGCUGGAGUUUGGCUCUGACACCAGGAAAAUAAUCAAGGCUGGAAAACAACACAGAAGGAGUGUAGACUGAUUUUUCAGGCACAGUGACCUCUUUACUGUUGCUCUUUUUCCUCGUUCUUUCUCUCACGCAGUGGACAUCUGGAACAGGAACUAAUUACAGGCCAUGCGGACAGGAGGCCAUCAUCACUUGUCAGUUCCAAAGGGAAGUGACCUGUUCACCUCUGCACAGCUACUUUUCCCAUGUGGUUGCAAAUUUGGACGGUACUUCGAAAGGACUUGAGUUAAUCAGUGUCCAAGCUGGAGCUAGUCAGCACUUCGCUCACAGAGCUACUGUGCAGCUGUUAGGUUUUGGUUUCUGUUUCAGCUUUAAAGUAAAGCAAAUAAUAAAAAUACUUUCUGAUGAA